UUUCCGGGUCGGCUUCUGUGAGGAGAUUCUCCCCCCCGCCCCGGUGGAAAAACCAUGACCUCGCUGCGGGCUUUCACCUGUAACGAUCUCUUCCGCUUCAACAACAUCAACUUGGAUCCUCUCACAGAGACUUAUGGAAUUCCAUUUUACUUACAGUACCUAGCUCACUGGCCGGAGUAUUUUAUUGUUGCAGAAGCACCUGGUGGAGAACUGAUGGGCUACAUCAUGGGGAAAGCUGAAGGUUCAGUAGCCAGAGAGGAGUGGCAUGGCCAUGUUACUGCACUCUCUGUUGCGCCUGAAUUUCGACGGCUGGGUUUGGCUGCUAAACUGAUGGAGCUGCUUGAGGAAAUAUCAGAAAGGAAGGGCGGAUUUUUUGUGGAUCUCUUUGUAAGAGUGUCAAAUCAGGUUGCAGUCAACAUGUACAAACAGCUAGGCUAUAGCGUGUACAGAACCGUGUUGGAAUACUACUCGGCCAGCAAUGGAGAACCUGACGAAGAUGCUUAUGAUAUGAGGAAAGCCCUGUCCAGAGAUACAGAGAAGAAAUCAAUUAUACCAUUACCACAUCCUGUCAGACCAGAGGACAUUGAAUGAGCUUACACUGUAGUUAUUCAAAAUAACACCUGUAGACACCUGGAAACACUUUCAAAGAACACUGCAGCAUUUAUUUUGAAUGUAAUUGGAAGCCUCGGCACAAAGAGGAAAGUUGUGUAGAUGUGAAGGAGUUUCAUUGUUAGGCUCAUGCCUAAAUCUUCUAAUGUCCCUGAAGCAAAGACAACUUUCAACUGCAAUAUUUGUCAGUCAUGGUUUAAUGUUUAAACCAUUAAUAAUUCCUUGGCUGUAUUAAAUUAUUUCCAAAAAUGCA